GUGCUGCGCUGUGCCGGGUUGUGCUGUGCCGGGCUGUGCGGCUCGGCCUGUCGGUCCCGCCGCCCGUGCCCGCAGCCAUGUGGAGCCGCUGCCGGGGGCUGCUGGGCCGCGGCCGGUCCCUGAGUCGGAAGUCGUGGAGAUGGAAGAGCGUUCCCGCGAAUGAGAGGGCGCUGGAGUACAGAGUGGGCGAGCACAUCCACGGAUUCACGGUGGAGCAGGUGACAGCUGUUCCUGAGCUGUUCCUGACUGCAGUGAAGCUUAGUCAUGAUGGUACAGGAGCCAGGUAUUUACAUGUGGCUCGGGAGGACUCCAAUAAUCUGUUCAGCAUACAAUUCCGAACCACUCCAAUGGACAGCACUGGGGUCCCACAUAUUCUUGAGCACACGGUGUUAUGUGGUUCUCAGAAGUAUCCUUGCAGAGAUCCAUUCUUUAAAAUGUUAAACAGGUCACUGUCCACUUUUAUGAAUGCAUUCACAGCUAGUGAUUACACACUCUACCCAUUUUCAACACAAAAUCCCAAGGACUUUCAGAAUCUCCUGUCUGUGUACUUGGAUGCAGCAUUCUUUCCAUGUCUACGGCAAUUAGAUUUCUGGCAAGAAGGUUGGAGGUUAGAACAUGAGAACCCAGCUGAUCCUCAGACACCUCUAGUCUUCAAAGGAGUUGUUUUUAAUGAAAUGAAAGGGGCAUUUACAGAUAAUGAGAGGAUAUUUGCACAGCAUGUGCAAAACAAAAUCCUUCCUGAUCACACUUAUGGUGUAAUAUCUGGUGGAGAUCCAUUAUGUAUUCCUGAUCUUACAUGGGAGCAGCUUAAACAGUUCCAUGCCACACAUUAUCAUCCAAGCAAUUCCAGGUAUCUGAAAUUGGGACUAACUUUCAGAGAACACAGUGUAACAUGUGGCUUAGACUCGUUUGCUGCUGAUCCUUCCAGGCAGACAACUGUCAGUGUCAGCUACUUGUUAACAGAUAUUACAGACACUUUUGAAACAUUCACACUAAGCCUGCUGUCUUCACUGUUGGUUGAUGGGCCGAAUUCUCCUUUUUACAAAGCCUUAAUUGAGUCUGGUGUUGGUACAGAUUUUUGUCCUGAUGUUGGGUUUAAUGGCUCAACAAGAGAAACUUAUUUUAGUGUGGGUCUACAGGGUAUUGCUGAAAGAGACAUUGAUACUGUGAAACAGAUAAUUGCUAGAACAGUUGAUGAAGUUAUUGCGAAAGGAUUUGAGGAAGAUAGGAUUGAAGCUCUACUUCACAAAAUUGAAAUCCAGCUGAAGCAUCAGUCUACAAGUUUUGGACUUGCCCUGACAUCUCAUAUAGCCUCGUGCUGGAAUCAAGAUGGGGAUCCAGUGGAGCUUCUGAAGAUUGCAGAUCAAGUCUCUCGGUUCAGGCAGUGUCUUAAAGAAAAUCCCACAUUUCUUCAGGAGAAAGUUAAAACAUAUUUUAAGGAUAAUCCGCACAGAUUGACUCUGUCAAUGAGUCCAGAGGAAGACUACCAUGAUAAACAAGCUAAAAUGGAAGCAGAAAAGCUGGAAAAAAAGGUCAAUGCACUUUCUGAAGAAGAAAAAACACAAAUUUUUGAAAAAGGUUUGGAAUUAAUUGCUCUUCAAAGCAAACCUCAGGAUACCUCUUGUCUCCCAGCUUUAAAAGUGUCUGACAUCGAGCCCAAAAUCCCAUUCACUGUGCUGGAGACAACACUCACAGCUGAUGAAGUUCCUGUCCAGUACUGUGCUCAGCCCACCAACGGGGUGGUUUAUUUCCGAGCUGUUUCCAGCUUGAACACUCUUCCCGAGGAGCUCAAACCUUACGUGCCACUCUUCUGCAACGUCAUUACAAAGAUGGGAUGUGGAGCCCUUGAUUACAGGGAACAGGCCCAGCAAAUAGAACUAAAAACAGGAGGGAUGUCUGUCAGCCCACACAUCAUUCCAGAUGAUUCACACCUAGAUGUGUAUGAACAGGGUGUGCUCUUUUCAUCUCUGUGCUUGGAUAGAAAUCUGCCAGACAUGAUGCAUUUAUGGAGUGAAAUAUUUAACAACCCAAGAUUUGAGGAGGAAGAACAUUUCAGAGUGCUAGUUAAGAAGACUGCCCAGGAGCUGUCAAAUGGCAUUCCAGAUUGUGGGCAUUUAUAUGCUUCUAUUAGAGCCAGCAAAAACCUUACCCCUUCUGGAGAACUGCAGGAAAUGUUCAGUGGGAUGGAUCAGGUGAAGUUGAUGAAGAGAAUUGCAGAAAUGUCCGAUAUUAAACCAAUACUGCGCAAACUACCACGCAUUAAGAAGUAUUUAUUAAAUAGUGACAACAUCAGAUGCUCAGUGAAUGCAGCACCUCAGCAGAUACCAGAAGCAUCUAAAGAAGUAGAGAAAUUUUUAAAGGGCAUAGCUAGAAGUAAAAAAGAGAGAAAACCUGUUCGUCCCCAUGUGAUUGAGAAAUCUUCAGAAGUGAAACCUGUGGGAAGUGAAAUGGUUACUGGUUUGCAGAUGACAAGGAAACUAGUUAAUGAUCCUACUUUCAAACCAUGCCAGAUGAAGACCCAUUUUGUACUUCCCUUCCCAGUGAACUACAUUGGGGAAUGCGUUCGGACAGUUCCCUACACGGCUCCAGACUAUGCAAGCCUUCGAAUCCUCGCUCGGUUGAUGACAGCUAAAUUCCUACACACGGAAAUCAGAGAGAAAGGAGGGGCUUAUGGUGGAGGUGCUAAACUUAGUCACAAUGGCAUAUUCACUUUCUACUCUUACAGAGACCCAAAUUCGUUAGCCACUUUGAAAACAUUUGAAAAAGCAGUCGAAUGGGCCAAAUCUGGAGAAUUCACACAACAAGACAUUGAUGAAGCUAAGCUGGCAGUGUUUGCUGCUGUGGAUGCACCGAUAGCUCCUUCUGAUAAAGGAAUGGGUCAAUUCUUGUAUGGGAUUUCAGAUGAAAUGAAGCAGUCGCACAGAGAACAACUCUUUGCUGUCAACAGUGAUAACCUGGUUGAUGUAUCAAACAAGUAUCUUGCAGCUGGGAAGAGCACUCGUGGUCAAGCUGUACUGGGCCCAGAGAAUGCGGAUAUCACCAAAGAUCCCUCAUGGGUCAAACGAUGACUUGCUGCUGAACAUCCCUGCUAACACAAAAGUCAGUCUGUGUGACUACAUCAUUAGGGGUGUUUUUAGUAACUUUUAAUAGUGCUAUGGUAACACUGAAAGAUUCAUUGCUGUUUUUAAGUGUUCACCAAACCAGUUAGAAGCCGCCCUUGAAAUAACGAUGUGAAAAAUUUUCUAACCAUACAGUAUUUAAGAGCAAGAAUUACAUGCUCUGCAUGGCAAAGACAGACCUUAAUCUUUUACUGAAGCAUCACUCCUCCAAUUGCAUAUGAAUACUAUAUAAAGGAAAUAUUUUUGUAUAUGUAAAACUCUAGUUUUAAAUGGUGUUUGAAAUCAUGUCUGCUGUUGGAUAUAUAAAGAACUGUCUCUCAUACUGACAGA